AUGGCGGGCGCGCGCGUGCUCGUUCACGUGCGGCGCGGGGGCGCGGGGGGCGCGGCGGCGUUCGGGCAGAGUGUCACCGGCGUGUUCUGCCCCGCGCACACGGACGCGGCCCUGGUCAGCUGCGGGCUGGAGCGCGGCCGCUUCCUCAUCUCCGAUGUCCCUUUCCCCGGCUCCGCCGUCACCGUCCUCAAGAGAUCCCCGUUGUGCCCCGCCAAGCUGGGACGGGCCACGCCGGGCGAGCGGGGGCCGCAGCCGGGGGUGGCCGCAGCAGUGGCCGUGCUGCUGGAGGCCGCCUGCGGCCGCGUCCUGCUGACCCGCCGGGCCGCCACCCUGCGCCACUUCCCCGGCGUCUGGGUGCCACCAGGUGGGCACUUGGAGCCCGGAGAAGAGCUGGUGACUGCAGGGCUGCGGGAACUGGCCGAGGAGACGGGGCUGCGCCUGGAGCCCGGGACCUUCUCCUGGCACCUGCUCGGCCUCUGGGAGUCCCUGUUCCCCCCCGCGCUGAGCUGGGGGCCGCCGCGGUGCCACCACAUCGUCACCUACGUGGGGCUGCGCUCGGCCGAGCCCCGCCAGCAGCUGCAGGCCCGGCUGUGCCCGAGCCCGUGUGAGGUCAGUGCCGUGGCCUGGCUGGAGCCUCUGGUCCUGGAGGCCAUCGCUGCCACCGAGGAUGGAUCCGAGGGAUCGGGAUCGGGAUCAUUCCCCACAGACCUGCCUGCCACCGUGGGGAUCACGGAGCUGAGCGCCGACGGCUUCCGGAGCUCGCAGAUUCCCACCGGGAUCCUCCUGCGCCGGGCCCCGGCCCGCGGCCCCGACCUGGAGCGCGUCAGCACCGGCACCAAAUUCGCGCUGGGGAGGUGGCGGGCGGGGCCGGGGCAGCGGGACCGGGAAUAAAACAAUUC